AUGUGGCUGGUUGGCGCUAAGUUAGGAACCGUGGGAAGGCGGUGCAUCCGCAGGCAGCGGAGGACGGGGCCCGGGACCCCGGCUUUCGGGGGACCCCAGCGUCCGGACCCCUCCCCGCCCCGUCCCCCGCUUGCACCCGACGACUUCCGAGCCCAGGGCUCGGCUACAGGUAUUGUGUUCCGAGGCUAUAUCCGCUUACAGGCCUCUUCCACUAUUGGGGUUAUUCAGUUAUCAGACUCUCCUGUUUAUCACGGCGCGAGGCUGCCCACAGCCGUGGACCCCAAAAUGGAGUCGUUGACUGAGCUGGAGCCCCCCCUAAGCCAAGAGACGUUUCUGGAUCUGUGGCAGAUACUCACUGGCCAGAACCAGGGGGGUCUGCUGGUGAGCAACGGGGGGGACCGGGGAAUCCUUGCCUCCUGGAGCUCAUCCCUGCGGACGAGGGGGCUGCCCCGGAGGAGCCGGCCUCCGUCCAGCCAGCCCCCAUUCCGCCGGACCCCAUCCCGCCGGCCACUGCCUCGCCGCCCCCCCGUCCCGCCGGCCCCCACCCCGCCAGCCUCCGUCUCGCCGGCCCCCACCCCGCCGGACCCCAUCCCUCCGGCCUCCGCCUCGCCGGGCCCCGCCUCGCCGGCCCCCGCCCUGGCCGCGACGUCCACGGUGCCUUCCAUCGAAGACUACCCUGGGGAAUAUGGCUUCCACCUCGGCUUCCUGCAGUCCGGCACCGCCAAGUCUGUCACCUGCACGUACUCCCCAUUGCUCAACAAGCUGUUCUGCCAGUUGGCCCGGACCUGCCCCGUCCAGCUGUGGGCCGACUCCCCGCCCCCGCCGGGGGCCCAGGUCCGGGCCAUGGCCGUCUACAAGAAGACGGACCACCGGGCCGAGGUGGUGAAGAGGUGCCCCCACCACGAGCGCUCGUCCGACGGGGACGGAGCGGCACCCCCCCAGCACCUGAUCCGCGUGGAGGGGAACCCCCAGGCCAGAUACUUGAAUGACGAGCGGACCACCCGCCAGAGCGUCGUCGUCCCCUACGAGCCGCCUCAGGUGGGCUGUGAGUGCACUACCGUGUUCUACAACUACAUGUGUAACAGCUCCUGCAUGGGGGGAAUGAACCGCCGGCCCAUCCUCACCAUCGUCACGCUGGAGACCGCCAGCGGUCAGCUCCUUGGCCGUCAGAGCUUUGAGGUCCGGGUCUGCGCCUGCCCCGGCCGGGACCGCAAGACCGAAGAGGAGAAUCAUCAGAAGAAGGGGGAGUCCAGCGGUCCCCAGCCCCCUUCGAAGGAACCCAAAAGGGCCUGUCCCUCGCCCCCCAAAAGUCCUCCUGAGACCAAGAAGAGGCUGUUGGAUGAAGAGGUGUUCACCCUGAAGAUCCGUGGCCGGGAACGCUACGAAAUGUUCCGCAUAAUGAACGAAGCUUUCGAGUUCAAAGAUGCCAAAGGCGGCCAGGAGCCCGAGGGGACACGCACAUCCCGACAGUCCCUGAAGUCGAAGAGGGAGGCUCCAGGCCCCAAGAAGGGCAAACGGCUGCUCGUCAAAGAAGAGACUCCCGAGUCCAACUGACAUUUCCCCCUGACUGCCGUCCUCCCCCCCCCCCGCCCGCCGUCCCUACUCCCCCUCCCUCACCUUGCACACCCUGAGCCCUCUUCUGAAGCUUCUUUUAUAUUUCCCUCAGCCCCCCACUCCCCUCCCUGCUUCCUUUUUUAUAUGAACUUCCACUUUUUAAAUAAAA